GUCUCUUUGCAUUUAUGCGGCCCCGCAUGAGGACACGCGAGUGCACAAAAAGAGUGUCUCCAGACAGACAUGAAUGUGGUCAUUGCAGUCCUUACAGACUCACCGCCAUGCCAUCACGAAUAUCAUCACACGCGUACACCACACGACCCACCCAUCCUGCCUCACAAUUAAAAUAUGUGGUGUGUAACCUCCAAGUCUCUUUCUCAGCAACAUCUGCACGCCAUCGCAUCAUUGACUCGACAACCACCGUACGCGCAUGCGGCAGUCAAUUGGCCAGCAAAACAAGCACAUAGCUAAUUAGCCUCACUGCUUGCUUCGUCGCUUGAGAGUGAGAGCAUACCUGUUGACGCCUGACAGGACUAUUCCCCCGUCAUUCACACAGAUACACACGCAUCCGGCCCGCCAUGUGGCUCUCGUCUCAGCCCCCCCAGCAUGGACAAACGAACAACAGGCCAGUUGUGGACAGACUAUGAAGGCAAGAAAGUUGUGUACGAACCGAAAAAAUACAGCGAAUGCGAGGGCGUCGGUCGCAGUCAUGUGUCGAACCGCACGGUCAUGUCCACCUGCCGCGUAGUGGCGCCAGUGCAGAUGCGGCGUCUGCCGUUGCUCAGUUCACAGCCAGCGUCGCAGCCAGUGUCGAUGCGGAUAUAGUUGCCGGACACCAGGGAGAUUUCCGUCUUGGUCCUGAUGCGCUCGCCAGGCUCGACGGGGACAGCCCCUUCGAUACGCAGCUGGUAGUGAUGUUUCUCAGGGCUGAUCGUGAUGACUGUCCCGGCCUCUGAAGGGAAAGCGCUGCUCGUGUUGGAGGUGAGACUGGUGAGAAUCAGUCGGGCACGCGUCACGGUAGGUUGGGCGACGGUGUUGUCGAUGGUCAGCCCGACGUGUGAGGUGGCAGUCAUCUCGGAGCGGCCCUCGGGUGUCUUGACGGUGCGCCUCAGUAUGGACACGGGCGACGUGUCGGCGUUGACUGUGCCAUACCCUGCGGCCCAGCGGCAGUCCUCGAGAAACUGAAUGGCCGCAUCGGCUUCCCACACGCGGAUGUAGCUGUUGGCGUUGCCGGUGUUGAUGGCCAAGUGACACGAUGUGCUGCUCGGCUGUCCCGGGCCGGGGCACCGUGGUCGAGCCUCAGGACAAGAGCUGUCAAGCUCAUCGAUGUCGGAGGCGGUUGUCUGGGCGCGGGACUCCAUGAA